AUGUCCUGCGCGCAGCCGCCCGGGCCAGCUUUUAACGCGCGCCGCGGCAGCAGCCUCCUGCCCCGCAGGCGGCGGCCGCAGGCGCAGGGCAGCGAGCCAGAGGCCCAGAGCUCCUGCCUGCCCAAAGCAAGCGUGGCGUCGUCGUCGGGGCGGCGCUUCCCGUCGGACGCCACGGCGAUCGCGGGCUGGCUGCCGUCGGCCCCCGGCGGCCGCGGGGACGACCUCUCGCUGGGCUUCAAUGCCGGCGGGUCCAGCGCGUCGCUGGCGCCCGGGCUCUGGGGCCCCGCGGCGUCGCGCCAGGCCGCCGCCGCCGCCGCCGCGCUCGGAUACGGGGCAGUAGGCGCCGCCGGUGACGUCGGGAUGCUCGUCGUCGCUUCCGCGGGAUCGUUCCACCACCAGCGGGCGGCUGCCGCGGCGGCGGCGGCUGUGGGAGCGUCGGCCGCCGACGACCCCGUGUUCCCGCUCAUCGCCGCGGCGCAGCGCACCCUCGUCGACGCCGACGCCGCCUCCGGGAAGCCGCCCGCGUCGUCCGCGGGCGCCAUCCAGUUCUGGCACCCGGAGCCGCAGGCGGCUGCAGCGGACGGCUCCACCGGCAAGAAGGCCCUCGCCAUGCUGGACCGGGGCCGCGGCGGGGCCGGCUCCGGGUCCGGCGCGGCGACGUGCCACGACUGCGGCAACCAGGCGAAGAAGGGGUGCGCGCACAACCGCUGCCGCACCUGCUGCAACAGCCGCGGCUUCGACUGCGAGACCCACGUCAGGAGCACCUGGGUGCCCGCCGCAAGACGCCGGGAGCGCCUGCAGCUCGCCGGCGGCGGAGCCGGCGCGUCCCCACCUCCCCCCGCACCCGUCGCGGCCAAGAAACCCCGCCUCGCGUGCCAGACCGCUACGGCGACCACCAACUCCCGCACCUCCACCUCCAACGCCACCACCCCUCGCAGCUUCGACACCACCUCGAGCCACCAAGACGCGUCUUUCAAGGACAACCUGCCGCGGCAGGUGCGUGGCCCGGCGGUGUUCCGAUGCGUGCGGGUGAUGUCCGUCGACGAUGGCGGCGGCGGCGGCGGCGGCACCGGCGAGGUCGCGUACCAGGCGGCAGUGACCAUCAACGGGCACCUGUUCCGGGGCCUCCUGUACGACCACGGCGCCGACACCGACGGCCGCGCCGCUGCCGCCGCCACCGUGCAGCUCGGCACCUCCGACCUGCACCUCGGCAGCGCCUCGGCCGCGGCCCCCAACCUGUACAGCGGCGCCAGCGCCCCGCUCAUCCUCGGCGGGCUGGGCUACGGCAACACGCCAUGAACCGGUGAGAAGCAAGCAGCAGCACACACACUGCAGCCAGGAUCGAGCAGCAUAGCAAGGGUACCUUUACCUAGUCAAUGUUCUGCCCUUCGCUUUCUUUGUUUCAGCUCCGUGUCAGUGCAAGCAGCAGCAGCACACUGUAGCUCAGUUUCAUGUUACUGACGAUGCUGCCAUUGAACUCUUGGUGUCCGGAAGCUGGAAAGGGAAUAGUUCAGCACUCACAUCUUUCA